AUGAAAAAACAUCAUAUUAUUAAAAAUAGAAGUAGUGGUGGUGGUGGUGGUGGUAGUGAUAUUGACCUUGAUGAUAAUCCACUAAAAACAACCACAAUAAAAAAUAAAAACAAAAAUAAUAAAAAUAAUAAUAACCCCCCCAAAAAUAACAAUAAAAAAAACGCUAAACAUAUUGAUAAUAUAAAAAAUAGUGAUGACCAACAAAAUAAUAAUGAACAUAUACUUUUGAACGACAAUAAUAUUUAUGAUAAUAAUCAUACUAACAACAGUAUAGAUAAUAGUGGUUUUGAUAGUGACACAACAGAUACAGAUGAAAAUUAUAGUGAAAAUGAAUCAAAUAGUAUUGAUAAUGAUAAUUAUAAUAAUAAUAAUGAUAAUGAUAAUGAUAAUAAUUCUAAAUUUGGAAGUAAAUUUCUAAAUUUAAUUGCAAUUAUUGAAGGUGUUUGCAGAGUAUUAGAAUUGGUUUUUGUUUCAAAUAUUAUAAAUUAUAUAAUAAUAUUCAUAAUCGAACCAAUAAUAAUUUUCUUUUCACCAGAAAAAUCAAUCGUUCAACAAAAAGAAUCAUCACCACAAGAUUUAACAAAUACCACUACCACUGCUCCUAUUAAUACAUCAUCCUCCUCUUUACCCACUAUCACCAAUAAUCAAAUUUUAUUUAUCAGCUUAGUUUUAAAUAUUUUCUAUAUUCUAAUAAGAUUCAACUCCCUUUUAAGCUUAAAAUCAAUUAAAAAUUCAAUCAAUUAUAAUAAAAGAAUUAAACAAUCUUUAACUAAUAAUAACAAAAAUAAACAGCAACAACUUCAUCAAAAUGUAUAUACUUUAAAAACACCAAAAUGUCAGGCUUCACCAAAAGAGUUUUUAACUUUUUCAGAAUUAAAAUCUCAAUUUUAUAAUAAUGUGUCAAAUAUUGAUUUUUAUAAAAUUAUAGUAUUUGUAUUGGUGGGACCAAUUUAUGAAGAGCUAUUAUUUAGGGGUGUUGUUUUCUACUCUAUGGUAAAAAGAUGUAAAAAUUUAUUUAUUUGUAUUUUGGUACCAAGUGUAUUAUUUGGAGUAUUCCAUUUAUUAAAUUUAAUUCAUGGGUAUUUUUCAAUUUACUAUGUGUUUGCUCAAACAGUUGUUGGCAUAGGAUUUGGAAUGAAUUCAUCAUUGUUCUUCUAUAGAGACCAAACAAUUUAUACACCAAUUAUUAUACAUAUUUUCAAUAAUAUGCUUUCAAUAUUAAUGCCAACUCACAUCACUCUCGACAUAUAUUUAAUUUUAUUUUUAAUUUUAAUUUAUCAAAUUUUAUUUUUAUACACUCAAUUUAUAAAUAAUUUUAAAAAAGUUGAAUAUUAA